AGAGACCCCAUAGAGACCCUAUGUCGGGGCCGGGGUUGAAGCGCGGCGCCCCCGAACCCGGGGGGGGCCCCCCUGAGAAGAAGCCCCCCCGGGAGGAGCAGGCCCCGACCACGCUCAUUGAGCCCCUGCGGCUGGGAGGGAUCUCCUCUACGGAGGAGAUGGACGUGAAGGUGCUCCAGUUCCGCAACAAGCGCUUGGCCGAGCGCCUCGAGCGGCGCCAGGCGGUGGAGGACGAACUGAGGGAGCGCAUUGAGCGCCUGGAGGAGCGCCAGGCCACCGACGACGCCACCCUGCUGCUGGUCAAUAGGUCCUGGGCACAGCUCGAGGCCGAGGUCCAGGCUCUGCUCCGGCGCUGCGAGGGGGUGGGGGGGGGCCCCCCCCCGUGCCCCUCCCCCCCCGAGCCCCGCCCCGAGGGCCCUGAGCCCCCCCCCAGCGAGGGGGAGGGGCCUGAAAGGAGGGCCUCCUUCCUGCUGGCGCUGAGCCGCCAAGGGGCGGGGCCAACGUCAACGGGGGCGGGGCCGACGUCAACAGCGGCGCAAGGGGCGGGGCCGACGCCGACGCAAGGGGCGGGGCCCGGAGGGGAGGGGCUUCGGGCGGCGCUGGCGCGCCUCGUGCACGCGCUGGCCCGGGUCCAGGAGCGCGCGCGCGCCGCCGGGGCCCGCCUGGCCGGAAACGCGGAGCUACCGGAGCCGGGCCGGGCGCUGCUGCGGGAGCUGCUGCGGGAGCACCGGAGGCUGCAGGACCUGACCCUGCAGCUGCAGGAGAAACACCAGAGGGAGGGGCUGGAGCUGGCAGAGCUCCAGGACAAGGCCACAUCGGCCGAGACGAAGGUGCUGGAGAUGGGGACCACGCUGGAGGGGCUGCAGUGGGACAGCGCCAAGCUCCGCAAGCGCGAGGGCCGCCUGGACCGGCGCCUGGCCGAGGCCCUGGAGCAGCUUACCUCUGGCUCCUAUGGCUCCGCCAGCUCCGGAGGCUUCCAAGGGGGGCAAAUCACCCUCAGCAUGCAGAAGUUUGAGAUGCUGAACGCGGAGCUGGAGGGGAACCAGGAGCUGGCCAACAGCCGCAUGGCCGAGCUGGAGAAGCUGCAGCAGGAGCUGCAACAGGCAGUAAGGGGGCACGAGCGACUCAAGGUGGCGCUGCGCUCGCUGCCCGAGGAGGCGGUCAAGGACACCCUCGAGUACAAGGUGCUGCAGUCCCAGUUCUCGCUGCUCUACCACGAGAGCCUGCAGGUGAAGACCCAGCUGGACGAGGCCCGCGCCCUGCUCCUCACCACCAAGAACAGCCACCUGCGGCACAUCGAGCACAUGGAGAGCGACGAGCUGGGGGUGCAGAAGCGCCUGCGCACCGAGGUCAUCCAGCUGGAGGACACCCUGGCCCAGGUGCGCAAGGAGUACGAGAUGCUGCGCAUCGAGUUCGAGCAGAACCUGGCGGCCAAUGAGCAGGCGGGCCCCAUCAAUAGGGAGAUGCGCCACCUCAUCAGCAGCCUCCAGAACCACAACCACCAGCUCAAGGGGGACGUCCAGCGCUACAAGAGGAAGCUGCGGGAGGUGCAGGCCGAGAUCAACAAGCUCCGCCUCCAGGCCACCGGCGCCCCUCCCCCUUCCCCCAUCGCCCCUCCCCCUCCUCCCCCGCCAACCCCUCCCCCCACCACCCCGACCCCCACCCCUUCCCAGGACGAGCCCCUCCCCCCCUCCACAUCCGCACCUCCCCCCUCGGGGGCGGCUCCACCCCCUCCCCCCGCUGGCCCCGCCCCUAUAAAGGAGGAAGAAGGAGGAGGGGGCGUGGUCCCCCCUCCUGGCCCCGCCCCCGCCGAGCCCAAGCGGGAGGAGGCGGCCCCGCCCCCUCGGCGGGGAGGGGAGGAGGAGGAGCUCCCGAGCCCCGCCCCCGCCACCCCUCCCCCGCCCCGCUCCAAGGAGCCCCCCCUGCCCCCUCCCCCCCCUGUUCCCAUCAUGCCCGGGCCCGGAGCCUCCCGGGAGAGGCCGAGGGCGAAGGGAGGGGGAGGGGCGGGGGGAGGGGCCCCCCCCGCCCCCCCCGAGGAGGCCAAGAAGAAGGAUUCGGAGCUGCUCAAACAACUGCGGGGGGAGCUCAAGAAGGCUCAGGAGAGCCAGAAGGAGAUGAAGCUGCUCCUGGACAUGUACAAGUCGGCCCCCAAGGAGCAGAGGGACAAAGUGCAGCUGAUGGCGGCCGAGAGGAAGAGCAAGGCCGAGGCCGAGGAGCUGCGUGCGCGGGCGCGGGAGCUGGAGGAGCGCGAGCGGCGCGAGAGCAAGAAGCUGGCGGACGAGGAGGCCCUGAGGCGCCUGCGGGCGGGGGAGGAGCACAUCGAGCUGCUGCAGCGCCGCCUGGCGGCCACCAAGCAGGAGGAGGAGGCGCUGCUGUCGGAGAUGGAUGUGACGGGCCAGGCCUUCGAGGACAUGCAGGAGCAGAACCUGCGGCUCCUGCAGCAGCUCCGGGAGAAGGACGACGCCAACUUCAAGCUGAUGUCGGAGCGCAUCAAAGCCAACCAGAUCCAGAAGCUGCUGCGGGAGGAGAAGGAGGAGCUGGGGGAGCAGGUGCUGGGGCUCAAGGCGCAGGUGGACGCGCAGCUGCUGCUGGUCCAGAAGCUGGAGGAGAAGGAGCGGGCGCUGCAGAGCAGCCUGGGCAGCGUGGAGAGGGAGCUGGCGCUGCGCUGCCAGGGCCUGGAGCUGCACAAGAGGAAGGCGGUGGAGGCGGCCCAGUUGGCCGAGGACCUGCGGGCGCAGGGGGAGCACGUCCAGGCCCGGCUGCGGGAGCUGCAGAGCUGCGCCCUGGAGAACAGAGCUGCCAAGGAGAAGGAGUCCUUGAGCCUCAAGAGAGCCCAGGAGGAGCUCUCCCGCCUGCGCCGGAAGCUGGAGAAGCAGCGCAAGGUCGAGGUUUACGCCGACGCCGACCAAAUCCUGCAGGAGGAGAUCAAGGAGUAUCGGGCCCGCCUCACGUGCCCCUGCUGCAACGCCCGCAAGAAGGACGCCGUCCUCACCAAGUGCUUCCACGUCUUCUGCUUCGAGUGCGUGCGGAGCCGCUACGAGACCCGGCAGCGGAAGUGCCCCAAGUGCAACGCGGCCUUCGGGGCCCACGACUUCCACCGCGUCUACAUCAGCUGAGCCCCAUAGAGACCCAUAGAGACCCAUAGGGACCCAUAGAGACCCAUAGAGACACA